UCCGCCCACCUCGCCCAGUUCACGGCUGAGGAGGCUCCGUUGUGUCGGUGGUGGUACUGGUAUCUCUGUGUUAAACUGGGAGAAGAGGUUCGAUGUCGGCAGCACGGUUCGCCUCUAUGACUUUAAACAGGAUGCAGCGGACAGACACAAGACGGGGAUAACGAAACCGAGCGAGGAGACAACGACGGGCGUGAAAUGAAGGCGGGAGGUGAAAAGGAAACAGACGAGUUUUAUAAGGCGGUGUGUGUCGGCAGGUCUUCAUGGCCAGGCUCACGGUGCUCUCUACCCCACAGUGGCGUCUGAGGUGCAGCAGCGGGUCCUCAUCAUUUGGGCACAUUGAUAUAAAUCAGAUAUAGCUGAAGUUCUCCUCUCCGGCUCCAGGAUGGCUCAGAGCGACUGCUCUGUCAAGGUCUCCCUGAGGAUCCGCCCCCAGAUGGCCAAGGAGAAGAUCGAGGGCUGCCACGUGUGCACGCUGGUCACGCCCGGGGAGCCCCAGGUGCUGCUAGGGAAGGACAAGGCCUUCACCUACGACUACGUGUUCGACAUCGACUCCCAGCAGGAGCAGCUCUACCACGCCUGCGUGCACAAGCUGAUCGAGGGCUGCUUCGACGGCUACCACGCCACAGUCUUCGCCUACGGACAGACGGGCUCGGGCAAGACGUACAGCAUGGGCACGGGCUUCGACCUGAGCGUGAGCGAGGAGGAGCAGGGCAUCAUCCCCCGGGCGGUGCACCAUCUGUUUGAGGGGAUCCAAAGCCGGCGCGCCCAGGCAACGCAAGCCGGCGUCCAGCCGCCAGACUUUAAAGUCAGCGCCCAGUUCCUGGAGUUGUACAACGAGGACAUCCUGGACCUGUUUGACAGCUCCAAGGACCUGGACAGCCGCUGUAGGAAGUCCAACAUCAAGAUCCACGAGGACGCCAGCGGCAGCAUCUACACCACCGGAGUCACCUCCCGGUUGGUCCAUUCAGAACAGGAGAUGCUGCAAUGCCUGAAGCUGGGGGCUCUCUCACGCACCACAGCCAGCACGCAGAUGAACGCCCAGAGCUCCCGCUCACACGCCAUCUUCACCAUCCACCUCUGCCAGAUGAGGGUCUGCCAGCCGGCCCACCUGGUGAGGUUCAGGGGGGGAGAGGGAGUGGGGGAAGUAGUGUGGGAGACGAGGGUGGAGGAGAAUGACCUACAGCGCGUGGCGGGACGCGUGUCGCGCUGGGGCCAGCCUCUGCUCCCCCCGCCCCCCCCCCCACCGCCGGACUCCGGAGCCGAGCUGUCGGCCAGCACCACGGCCAGCAGCUCGGAGCCCGAGUCGGGCCGCACGGUGAUCGGCAUGGUGCGCCAGUGGAACAGCAAGCUCCACACCCGCGGCUACCAGGCGGAGAGCGAGGGCAGCCUGGAGGGAGGCCGCAGCGGCCCCGGGGUCAGGAAGAAGAUCCAGAGGAAGCCGUUUGGCGUGGGCGUGGUGACGGCGGGCAUGCGGGGGGGCAGCCUAGCCAAGACAGCUCGCCAGAAGUGGCAGACGCUGGAGCGCCGCAUCAUGGACAUCGUCAUGCAGCGCAUGACCAUCGCCAACGUGGAGGCCGACAUGGACCGCCUUAUCAAGAAGCGGGAGGAGCUGUCCGCCCAGCAGGAGGCUCAACUCCACAAGAGGGAGGUGCUGAUGGCGGAGGGGGAGGGGCCGGAGGGCGAGGACCGGAUCAUCCUGGAGAUGAACGAAGAGAUCGAGGUCCUGAACGCCAACAUAGACUACAUCAACGACAGCCUGUCCGACUGCCAGGCCACCAUCGUGCAGAUAGAGGAGACCAAGGAUGAGCUGGACUCCGUAGACACCUCGGUGGUCAUCAGCUCCUGCUCCCUGUCGGAGGCCAGACACCUCCUGGACCACUUCCUCAAGGCCUCCAUCGACAAGGGUUUACAGGUGGCCCAGAAGGAGGCUCAGAUCAGACUGCUGGAGGGCCAGCUCCGACAGACCGAUAUGAUUGGCUCGUCCCACAACCACAUGAUUCUGGAUGCUCUAAAGCUCAAGGCAGAGUACAAUCCUGAACUUCAGGCUCUCAUCUACAAUGUUCAGCAUGAGAACGGCUCUGCCAGCACGGAUGAGGAACAGUCCGAGUUCAGCCAGCUUUCUGACAACAGUUUGGCCCACUUGAAAGAGUCCAACAGCCAGGAUGAUUUUAAAACUAAGACGGAGCCCCGCCUCCUGGCCCAGAUGAAGGCGGUGUCGGCGGAGUACCUGGGUCCAUCACCGGACUCGGCGGCCAGCAGCAGGCAGCAGUACAUCACCAAGUCCCUGGCCUCGCUGACCGACAUCCAGGAGGACUGCCUGGGGAUGGGCCUGGGCCUGGGGCUGAGCCUCAGCCUGGCCUCGGGGGGCUUCGGCCUCAACAUGGCCCUCAGGGACCCCGGCCACAAGGAGCGCGCCUCCCGGACCGUCAGCCUGCCGGUCAGGGGACACACCUUUCCUAGGCAGUCCCGGGGUUAUGAGACUUCCCCCUUGAUGCGGAGGAAGUCCUACGACCGUGCAUACAGGCCGGCCGACGGCUCCACCCCUCCUUCCUCCCCCCCGCUCCGGAUCAGGAACGACCGCAACGUCUUCUCCAGGCUCACCAGCAAUCACACCCAGGGCACCGCGCUGGACAAGUCGGACGACAGCGACUCCUCUCUCUCCGAGGUGCUCAGAGGGUCGAUCGUCCCCAUCGGGGGGGUGAAGGGCGGCCGCAGCGCCCCCCUGCAGUGUCUGUCCGUGGCGGAGGGUCACUCCAAGCCCGUGCUCUGCCUGGAUGCCACCGACGAGCUGCUCUUCACCGGGUCGAAAGACCGUACGUGCAAGCUGUGGAACCUUGGGACAGGCCAGGAGUUGGCCACUCUGAAGGGACACCCAAACAACGUGGUGUCGGUCAGGUACUGCUCCUCCUCCGGCCUGCUCUUCUCCGUCUCCACCUCCUACAUCAAGGUCUGGGACAUCCGGGACAACGCCAAAUGUGUCCGCACGCUCACCUCCUCAGGGCAGGUGGUGGCGGGCGACGCGUGCGCGGGCACCACCACGCGCACCAUCACCUUUGCCCAAGGCGAGUACCAGAUAAACCAGAUCGCCCUCAACCCCUCCGGCACAGUGCUGUACGCCGCAGCGGGGAACGCUGUCCGUAUCUGGGACCUCACUAGGAUGCAGGCCAUCGGGAGGCUGACCGGGCACAUCGGCUCUGUCAUGUGUCUCACUGUGGGGCAGCCCCUCAAGGGCAAGGACCAGGUCAUCACCGGCUCCAAGGACCACUACGUCAAGGUGUUUGACGUAGCAGAAGGCACUCUGGGUAACGUAGGCCCGGCCCAUAACUUUGAGCCCCCCCAUUACGACGGCAUCGAGUGCCUGGCCGUGCAGGGAGACGUGCUGUUCAGCGGGUCCCGAGACAACGGCAUCAAGAAGUGGGACCUGGAGCAGCAGGAGCUCACACAGCAAAUCCCCAACGCCCACAAGGACUGGGUGUGUGCCCUGGCGUACGUGCCCGGUCGCCCCAUGCUGCUCAGCGCCUGCCGGGGGGGCAUGCUGAAGGUGUGGAACGUGGAGAACUUCACCCCUAUAGGCGAGGUCAAAGGUCAUGACAGUCCCAUCAACGCUAUCUGCACCAACUCCAGGCACAUCUUCACGGCGUCCAGUGACUGCAGGGUGAAGCUGUGGAGCUACGUCCCGGGCCUGACUCCCUGUCUCCCUCGCCGGGUGCUGGCCAUCAAGGGCCGAGCCACCAGUCUCCCCUGAGUGUCUCACCAACCCCUUCCUCCUUCCUCUGCGACAUGAGGGUGAAGAUUUGGCAAUCGAAGGCGAGGAAGAAGAGCUGAAGGAUCAGUGGAUCGCGUUGGGGGAAGGAUUGACUGUAGCUUUGACCUCUGACCUGCAACCGUCUCCUACACAGGGGGGGGGGGGGGUGGGCUGGACCUGAAAGACGCUAACAAACUAAUUUAUCCGUUCGUCACUUAGAGAAAAAAAAUGAAAAAGAGACAUGCAAUAUGUUGGACCACAUCUGCUGUUUUUUGUGUUGUUUUCUCCGUUUGAUCUGCCAAUCUUAAAGUGCCAAGUGCCAAUAUCUGUUGCCAGUUUCUUCGGCCAGAGAAACACCCGGUCGAUGCGUCUUUUCCCGGUCCUCCAAGAUCCAUCUGGAAAGAAAAAAAGAAAAAGUGUCCUUCUGUUUAUUUGUCAAGAGAUGAAAACAGAAACGAAAACAUGACAAUAGAGUGCUGCUCAGAGACAUCUUCCUGUGUGUAUAUUUAUUAUUAAGACUUGUUCUAGAAUGACAUUGACUGUCAUGAUUCCUGAUCCUACUGACUGAAACUCCCUCACCAUCCCUGUCCCCCCAUCCUGGCCAAAGACUGGACGUUGGUCCUUCUCUUCUAUGUCAUGAGUCAUGGAUCAGACUGGAUGACAGCUGGCCUUCCAAUAGGUAGCAUCCAUCCUCCACGCUGGCUGUGGUGGACCCACCGUGGACAGGAUGCUCCUGAAUAAACCAUCACUGAAAUUAGAUGAAAAAAACUAAAGUUAAGAUUGAUGGUAGAAAACAAACAUGCAUGGGUCAGGGUCGCUGUACUUCAUGGUUUUGCUCCUCAUUUGUCUUUUUGUAUUUUUUUUUGUUGUAAUCCACUCUCCCCUCUCUCUCCUGUCAGUCUACACCACUGACGCUACUCCAUCUUCAUUUACUGCCAUUUUGUUUUGUCCUUCCCUACCUCAAUUGUUUUAUUUUUUUGUUUAGAAGAAAGCUGAGCCCGCACCUAUUUAUGGGUUUCUGAGAAUAACUGACUGCUUUGCUUUUCCGACCUGUUAAUUGAUGUUGCCAAUAGGCCCUGGGUGGCCCCCAUUGGGUGGGCCCCCUGGGUCUGCCCACCACUGACCUGGCACAGAGCAUGUCCACCAGCGCCUCUCCAUACUGUGUAUUUAUAUCUGCACUGCUUACUUCAGCGGAAACUAAACAUAAUGCAACACAUCCCCAACACAUUACGCACACACAAACUCACACACUCUGCAAUACUUGUGAUCUAAGUACUUUAGGGACCGCCUAGCUCCGGGACAAGGGAGAGAGGGAGCCCCCAGUACCCACACACACCCACAUCCCCCAGCCUUAUCACCAGCAUCAAACUGCCGAGCCCUGCUGGAGCCUUCACCUCCCCACCAGUCACUCCUCUUCCCAGGGAGAGAGAGGAGGAAGAAGCACAUUAAUUGGUGCUCUUCCCGCUCUGCCUGCGGCAGCCGUUUGAAGCGCUAAAAAUAGUCAGAGUGAGGAGGGAUUUCUUCUUUAAAUGUCCUGAUUAUUAUUUUCCGCUGCGACAUGACGGACAACCUUUCAUUUGAUGAAUUUGUUUUUUUGUUGUUUGAGCAAGGCUGUCUAUCCGGCUCAAACAAACACAUGCACACAUAAAUAAGCAGGUGCUCUAGCACGCAUGCAGGCGUCCACGAAUACACACACACGCACACCACGCAUACACUCGCACAGAGCCUUAUUGGAGGAUGUUGAUCAUUUCCAUUCUUGGAUUGCGAAUUAGCUCUUCGUACUACAGCUUUGUUUAGAGUCCAUUGAGCUAUAUUUAUUCACUCUCCAAGAACACACACAGAAGUGCAUUACACACAAGCAAAGAUACCACACACACUCGCACAGACUGCUCGCAAAAGUCUAGAAUUAAAGGUUUGAUCUGUUAUCUCUCUAUUGGCUGCUGUUAAGCACAGUGUUUCCUCAUGUUUUCAGUGGUGGUGAGUUCUGUUUGCUUCCCUCACUGGAUUAAUGACUCUGACACAUCAUGAGCUGCUUGGAUCUUAUCCUAUAUUAACAUUACUGGUACAUAUGGAUGGCCGUUGUACCAAACACAAACACACACACACUCACAGAGAAGUAGUGAACUGCACAUGGUAAACUUGACGCGGGAACACAUUAAGUAGUCCCACUAAGUGUUAUAUUCUAACAAUUUUUGACAGGAGCUCCGUAUACAAUGCAAUAGGUAGCUGCAUACACAGCCUUUGACAUGUUUGAUCUGGUGUGUGUGUGUGUGUGUGUGUGUGUGUGUGUGUGUGUGUUUGAAUGAGAAAAAUGUUCUAUCACUCAGGAAUGAAUUGUAAGAUGGUUGUUUUAGCCAAAAUCAUUUUUGACAUUUCAGAAAAUGUAUGUAGCUCAUAUGAAUUUAACCAAAUGCUUAUUUUUAUUUCUUUAUUUUUAUUAUAAUUUCAAUUUUUUUUCAUUGCUUUGUGCUCCCGUUCUUGUAUUCAAUCAUUCAUUGUUUGUGUUUUAAUCAUGCAGACCCCUUUUUUAAUCUCUCCCAUCCUGGUUUGUUCCCUUGAACCCUUCCAAUACUUAACUUCGGUAUUCAAUUUUCUUUCUGAAUGGAAAUUCCAUAAUUUUAUUUAGAAUUUCUAAUUUGGCUAAUUUGGCUUUUCACUCAAGGGUUUUUCCACUCACGCUCUUCUUAAACGCGCUUGGCUUCCAAUCCUCCAGUUUAGCCCGGUUGCUAUAGCGCUCCAGCUUACCGUUUGGUCUCCGACCUCACAAACAUGGCAGAGUUUUAUGAGGUUAUUUUCUCUUUUUUCCCCACUGUGAUUUUGUUGUACUGUGAUUAAGUAGUAAUCCUAGGUACUUCUUAAGGUAUAGCCUGGCUCCAUGGUGACUGGAACAUGUUUUGUUCAAAAACCCUCCAGAAGCAGAUGCUUGUGCAUCCUCAGUGCUGUGCAUAGGGGUCUACAGUGUGUGUGCCCCCUUCUGUGUGCGCUUACAUCCCAUUGGCUUAACGUCUCUGGCUGGCUGCUAUUCUCCACAAGAAUCCCCGCCCCUAGUAUCCCUCCCAGAAUGUGUUAUUCUGUAAUCAUCUAUGCACACACAAACGAAAUAUGGAGAUUGUUUGUCCAGACUUGUCUUAGUGAGCUUCUAGCUCUGCCAAUGUCAACCCCUUCCCUUGUGCUGAUCUUCUGUAUAUAAAUGUAUCCCCUGUGUUUCAAUCUAGGGAGAGAUGUUGUCAUGUUUAACAAUGUAGCUGGCAGACAUAAAGUAGCCUACUUGCUAUCGAAUCCUGCUUAUCAGUCCUAGCACUGUUUCACAGGCACACAGUCCAAAGUCGAGCCUUGACUCUCGAGUUUACAGAGUUUGUGAUGACCAUUGUGUUUAUCACAAAUCAAACCUAUACUGGAAUUUUGGCAUUUUUGUGGACUGUUGGUGGAUGAGUUAUUGGUUUGGUGAAUACAAUGCUUUACAUACAAUCUGAGUGUGAAAAUGUUUCCAAUAGCUCAAGCACAUUGUUGUAGGAUUUGGUCUCAAUUAAUGCUAUUCCGCUUCAUUUGAGCUAUCAAUGGCUAUGGCUACCGCUUAGACGCACACCUCAUGUUAAUAUUACCAAACCGACUCAGCCAUCCAAUCAGCGGGCGAGCCGGGGAUCAUGUGACGAAUGAGAUUUUGAGUUCCUUAACCCCAGAAGUACAAGCAUCUGAGCAGCAGGAAUGAGGCCACAGCCAUAGGCCAAAGGUAUAAAUGGCCUCAACACAUAAAGGUAUAAGGAGGACUUGUAGAGGUGGUGCAAAAAUGUAGGAUUCACUGUCGUUGCUGGAAUUUUAAAUAGUUUCCAAUUCCGCCUGGAGUACGGUUCAUAUUAUUCGGCCAUCAUCUUCUCUGCUUAUUCGACCAGUUUGGCUGAUGGAAUGACCUUCAAAACCAACGCGCAGAUCCCCCUGCAGGGCACUGCGCUGCAGAGCGGGGGAACGCAUCUGAAACACAGCCAAGGGUUGUUCAUGAGGGGACUGUGUGCUCGGGUGCUCGGUUGAAGAACCACAAGUGCACAAAUUUCUUUGCCCUGCUGUCGCAGAAAAUGAUAUUACGUGUGUGUGUGUUUGUGUGGCUAGAGAUGAGGUGACUUGGGUAGCAGGUCUAUGCGAACUAUGAGCUCUUGGGACGUUAAGCACGGUCGAAGGUCAUAUGUGCCUUUUAUUGCACUGAAAACUUCCUCCAUUAAAGACUGUAAAUGGAUGUACAGCUUUGAUUAUGUUUGUCCAGUACAUUUUGGGUUUUUAUUUUUUUAUUUUUAAUCCGACAAUGCAUGUAACCAAACCAUGUAAAUUGUCUCUUGACUGUAAAUAGUGUAAGUACGUAUUUAAUGAUGAACACAUGGAGGUCCCAUGGCGAAAAUAAAACCUAGUUGAAUACUGCU